AAUCUAAAAGUCCAGUUGGCUUGUGCUGUUUUCGUUUUUGCAACGGUUCCACACAUUACAGACUAACUUCAAGUUCCGUUAUAUUUUUCCCGAUUUUUCCGGCUGAUACAAUCGUCCCUGUAAUUUGUUCAAUGAAAAAAAAUCUUCUAGACCAUGGCGUGUGAUCGCGGAACAUAUGGAGUUACAAUUGAGUUUGAAUUUUGUUGAUUUACGCCAUCAGCGCUGACAUUUAUUGUAAACAGUGCAUCGCUUGCAAAGAUUUCGUUCGUAGACCAUCUGGCUGGUGCCAAUCAAUCUUCAAUUUCAGCUGCAGUCCUACCCGGUACUAGUCUCCUAGUGUUGACUUAACCCAAAAUAUCGCAAAAGUUGAAAAACACAGAUCCCCUCUCAUAGGUUUAUCUAAGGAACGACACACCCCUGUAUUGGAUUUUGUUUGUAGAAAAUGGAGCGCACCGGAAAAGUAUACCACACGACGAGAAAUUUCAUGUUCAAAUAUUUUUUGGCGUUCAUAUGGCUUGGGUUUAACGCUGUUGUGUUCUGUAAAGCCUUCUCAAACUACCAUCACGAACCGAAGUAUUAUUACCUGAGCAAAAUCCUAGGGAAUGGUCUUUGCAUAUCCCGUGGAACUGCACCGGUACUGAAUAUAACUAUGGCAUUGAUCACACUUCCUAUGUGUCGAUCAUUUAACGUUCUCAUGAAUGCUUUGUUUGGUCGGUACUCUAUUCGAGUAUUGGUGUUCUAUCUGGAGAAAGUUAAGGUUCUACAUAUUAUGCUGGGUGUAGGAUUGAUUAUUGUUGGUAUGAUACACACUCUGGCACACAUUGUGAAUAUCUACAAUUUUAUCGAACAUUAUGAUGAAAGAUUUAGUAGUAUCAAUUGGGCGUCUGGUAAACACGAUAGUGUUCUCCGACUUCUAAUCGCUACUCCCACGGGAUUCUCAGGGUGUGUAAUGCUGGUCACGCUGUUUGUCAUAGCAUAUUUCUCCAGUCGCCAAAUGCGGGAUCGUUUUUACAACAGUUUUCUUACUUCCCAUCAUCUGUUUCUUAUAUUUUACGGAAUGAUGUUCUACCAUCCGCUUAGUAAUAUUAUUAAGUAUCAAAGCAAUAUAAAGGCUCAUCCAAACGGUUGUGAUGUGAUUGAUGAAAACAUUUUUCGGAACGAUUCGGUUUUGCAAGCUAUCUGCAGAGAAGAUCCAGAGUUCAUCGCAGGAGAAAAAUUGGCGUGGAUUUGGCCACUGUUUGGACUAUCAGUGUACGUAAUAGAUGUAUGGUAUCGAUAUUUAACUGUUCACUCGGACUCCAGGAGAGUCACCACGUUGCAAGCGCACUUGCUUCCCGGAAACGGCAGUUACCUUAAGCUUCGGUUUACCUGCAGCAAACGAAUUGUGGUAAGACCAUGUCAAUACGUUCUUAUCCAAUGCCCAACGAUCUCAACUAUAGAGUGGCAUCCGUUCUCCGUAGUCGAUUUUCCAACAGCAAUUCACAAUACAGUGUCCUUAGCAAUCGCUGUUCGGGGUGACUGGACACAAAAACUGUAUGAUGCAGUGAAGCAAAAAGAAUGCUUCAAGCAGGACUGCGGGGAAAUCGAAUGCUACCGGAAGGUUGAGUUUCUCCUUGAUGGACCCUAUCCGUCACCUAUGACCAGUAUGCUCAAAUGUAAGCGCAUAGUCUACAUCGCUGCAGGAGUCGGUAUCACACCGUUUGCUGGAUUUGUUAAAUACUUGCUGAACAUGAAUGUUGAUCGUCCUUCGCGAAUACAUCUAAUUUGGGUAGUGAAAAAUGCGGAAAUGUUCACCUGGUUUGCGGAUGAUAUCACUCAACUUCAGGAAAGGUUUUGGAAACAAAACAAACCGGAUCGAUUCACCCUGAAAUAUUACUGGACGCAAAACUACAAUCAAAAUAUGGUGGAAGAGUACUUCAGCGAGUAUCCUACGUUAAAAGCCCGCAUCUAUAAAGGCCGUCCGGUUUGGGAGGAAAUAUUCAUGGAACUGAUUACGCUAUACCCAAGGAAACCGGUAGCAAUUUUCAGUUGUGGACCAAAAAGUUUGACGAAAGAUGUGAAAUCUAUUUGCCGGCAGUACGGAAAGCAUUCAUGUAAUUUUACACUCAUCAACGCUGGAUUCGGAUGAUAGCACAAGAUAUCUGCU